UGAGACCAACUCAAAACCAGGUCAAAAUCCAUCAAUCUCAGGAAAAAAACCAUCCCUUUUCACACAUAUCUAGAUCUUUCCUUGCUUAAAGGAUCAAAAGCUUUCUUCUUCCUCGUUGCUCCGUCUCUCGCGGAUCCUUGUCGGUACACUUCCGCAUCCUCAAAUCUGCUUGUUUUCUACUAAACUUCCCGAUCGAAGAUUGGAGUUUUCUCUUCUUCUGAGCUUCGAUUUAGCCUCGAACGCUUUGCUAGGACUUGGUUUUACUAUUUGUGAUCUGGGAACUUUAGAACUUUGAGUUUUUUUCUGCUUCUGAGCUUCGAUUUAGCUUCGAAUCGCUUUGAUAGGACUUGGUUUUACUGUUUAGGAUCUGGGAACUUACGAAUUUUGAGUUUUGUCUAUGGUAUCAAUGUUUUGAUCUCUCGUACACUCUAUUAUAUGAUUCCGAGGGUUGCUAUGAGGCGUCGCUCUGCAGAAGUUGCUCCUACAGAGCCUACGGAGAAGGGAAAUGGGAAGAAUCAGACCAAUCGAAUCUGUUUGUUGGUGGCUUUAUCACUCUUCUUCUGGGCAUUGUUGUUGUACUUCCACUUUGUUGUCAUAGGGAGCAGUAGCAUUGAUAAACAGAUCCAAUUGCAACCUAGCUAUGCCCAAUCUCAGCCAUCAUCUGUCUCUCUUCGGGUAGAUAAGUUCCCUCUCGAGCCCCAAGCAUCUCCAUCCAAACCUCCCAAAGAGGGAUUAGUUACUGUCGAUAAACCAAUGCUCCCUCCUGCCCCAGUAGCCAACUCUACGUCCACUUUCGAGCCUCCUAGAAUCGUGGAGAAACAGGAGUUUCCGUUUAUAAGAGCGUUGAAGACAGUAGACAACAAAAGCGACCCGUGUGGAGGGAAGUACAUUUACGUUCACGAUCUGCCUUCGAGGUUCAAUGAGGAUAUGCUCAGAGACUGCAAGAAGCUAAGUCUCUGGACCAACAUGUGCAAGUUCACCACAAACGCUGGCCUUGGCCCGCCGCUAGAGAAUGUUGAAGGUGUCUUCUCGGAUGAAGGCUGGUACGCCACUAACCAGUUUGCUGUUGACGUCAUAUUCAGCAACCGUAUGAAGCAGUACAAAUGCUUGACGAAUGAUUCUUCACUCGCUGCUGCCAUUUUCGUGCCCUUCUACGCUGGAUUCGACAUCGCUAGGUACCUGUGGGGAUACAAUAUCUCGACCAGGGAUGCUGCUUCGCUCGAGCUGGUCGAUUGGCUCAUGAAGCGGCCUGAGUGGGAUAUAAUGAAGGGAAAAGAUCAUUUCCUUGUGGCCGGUAGGAUAACGUGGGAUUUCAGGAGGUUGUCUGAAGAAGAAACUGAUUGGGGCAACAAGCUUCUCUUCUUGCCUGCUGCCAAGAACAUGUCUAUGCUUGUGGUCGAGUCAAGCCCUUGGAACGCAAACGAUUUCGGGAUCCCUUACCCGACCUACUUCCACCCGGCAAAGGACUCUGAGGUGUUUGAGUGGCAAGAGCGGAUGAGAAACCUGGAAAGGAAGUGGCUUUUCUCGUUUGCAGGAGCUCCAAGACCCGACAACCCGAAAUCCAUCAGAGGGCAGAUCAUCAAUCAGUGUCGAAGCUCAAAGGUUGGGAAACUAUUGGAAUGCGAUUUUGGGGAAAGCAAAUGCCAUGCACCGAGCAGCAUUAUGCAAAUGUUUCAAGGCUCUCUCUUCUGUCUUCAGCCUCAGGGAGACUCUUACACACGAAGAUCUGCUUUUGACUCGAUGCUUGCAGGUUGCAUUCCCGUCUUCUUCCACCCGGGAUCAGCUUACACGCAGUACACGUGGCAUCUACCCAAGAACUACACGACCUACUCGGUUUUCAUCCCCGAGGAUGAUAUUCGGAAGAGAAACAUGAGCAUCGAGGAACGACUCCUCCAGAUUCCACCCGAGCAGGUCAAGGUAAUGAGAGAGAAUGUGAUAAACCUCAUCCCGGGGCUGAUCUACGCAGACCCGAGGUCAGAGCUGGAGACGCUCAAGGAUGCGUUUGAUGUCUCGGUCCAGGCAGUAAUAGACAAGGUGACUCGGUUAAGGAAGAACAUGAUCGUGGGUCGAACCGAGUAUGACAACUUCGUGGAGGAGAACAGCUGGAAGUAUGCCUUGCUGGAGGAAGGCCAAAGGGAAGCUGGGGGCCACGUGUGGGACCCAUUCUUCUCGAAACCGAAGCCCGGAGAAGAUAGCAGCAGCGACGGCAGUGGAGGCACGACCAUCUCCGCAGAUGCGGCUAAGAAUUCAUGGAAGAGUGAACAGAGAGAUAAGACACAAUGAAGAGAGACAGAAACCCACCCACUUUUUGCUUUUUUUGCUUACGGUCUGAGAUAUAUAGUUUUCGGUUCUUAUUAUACGAAUAUGAUUGAUUUUUUUUUUUUUUUUUGUUGUAUUGGUGUCAAAUGUAGUUUUUCAUAGAGAUAAGUUUGUUUGAGAUUCUUGUUGUAUCAGUAACCCACAGAGAUUAAUAAUAAGAAGUGGCCCUUUUCAAGU